GAGAGAGAGAGAGAGAGAGAGAGAGAGAGAGAGAGAGAAACUCCUGUUUCAGCCACGAACACAACACUGUAGCUGAAGCUGCAGUGCGCCACUGUUCACAAGUGACUGAGAGACCGUGGAAUACAGAAACUUUAAGGAAGAAGAAGAGAUGACGAUGGAAGUUAGAACGUGUAUUUACCUUGGUGCCUUGUUUCUGCUUCACGUUGGAUCUGCUGAUCAUGGUAACGAACACACGACCACACAACCAGCACCAGAACGUGACCUGAAUCUCACCAGCAAUCUUCCGCCCAUAAUUGUUCCGAAGAACUCCACUUCCUCUUCUGGCAACGGUACGACGACGACGCAUUGGGAAGUCGCCGUUGCGACGCCACAUCCGACUAGAGGGAACACCACCUACAUGGAGGUAAUCUCAACGACGUCCAUCCCAGAAAGCUCCACCAACCUGACCAACGACGUGACACCAAAGCCUUCUGCUUCCCCCACACUCACCACUCAAGCUGCGGCGGACACAACAUCUCCUCAGAGCCCUUCAAACAAAACCGACAUCAACACGACUUCACAUCACUCGCCAGGUUCACUUCCUGUCUCCACUACGCCAUUGAGCCGGACAGCUCCCGUGGAAACGCAUCCCCCCACAUCACCCGUCUUGCCUCGCACCACGUCGAAUAACACACCCUUGACGACUCAGCAAUCGACCACACCCACUACCACGCACACCACCACCACCACGAAGAUCUUAACAACCAGCUCCUCCAAAGAGACCUCCACCUCUCGGACGACGACUCUCACGUCACUGCAGAUGACCUCCAGCGAAUCCCCCUUGCAGACCAGCAUCGUCCCAGUCGGCCUCACCACCACGCAGACCAAACCGCAUCCAGACACCCCGUCGCAGCUCAACGUAAAGGGCGAAACCAUCAUGGUCCAUGACUCCCCGAAGCUGGAUCCCCUGCUGGCCGGCCUGGUGUCGGCCUUCAUCAUCAGCGCCGCCGUCAUCACCCUGCUCCUCUUCCUCAAACUCCGACGACGAGACAACAGGCCGGAGUUCCGCAGGCUACAGGACUUGCCUAUGGACGACAUGAUGGAGGAGACACCCUUGUCGAUGUACAGCUACUGAUAUGUAUGCACAGCCAAACAAUGAAGAAAAAAAAAUCCUUUCUUGGGUAAUAGUUGCCAUGAUUCAACUACCCGGUCUGUCUUCUAAGUUGUGACUCCUGAUCCCGAAGAAUCCCGGUUUUGUGUGACCACAAACGGUACCGGGUAGAAAAAGCCGCUAUUUCUACAUUUACCGUAUUUCCUCCGAUAUAGGCCGAGUUAAAACAAACAAAACAAACGUCGUAGAGUAACUUCACAAAUAAAAGCAUCUGCCCAACUGCAGGAGAAAAACUGAAACAUCCUAAUUCACUAUUUGGAGGAAAUACAAAAAAACUCUUUGGAUGACUCAAAAGACCUAAGAGGAGAACAAAACAAACGGCCGACUUCUACUUUCAAUGAGGUUGCACUUUAUUUUCAUUUUCUCUGUUUGUUUCUGAGAAACGUUGUGUGCGUUUUUAAGUGUGUGUCUUUCAAUUUUGCGUGUGUUAUUUAACGCUAGUUGGUCACAUUAGGUGCAUUUGGAUUGAGUAGGUGUACCUAAUGAAGUGUCCAACGCGUGUUCAAAUCUAGUAUUGUUGCUGAUGCUUUUUUUUCCCCCUCCAUUGUAGUCCAGGUGAGAGUGCCUUUUAAACAUUUCUAUUUAUGUCAUGAAAAUACGACCGGAGCGGUGGCCUUGAUGAAGUGUUCAUAUUGUAAAUACGAUUGUUGUUGCGUUGCUAGAUUAAUUUAUAAAAACACAUAUAAGACGCAUUCCCCUUUGAGAUGGAAUUCUUAAUAUGGAAAGCCAUGUUUUAAAAUGACGCACUUGUGUUUGUCUAUUGAGGUGUCAAACGCAUUCAUUGUUGCUUUGUGUGGCUUUGCUGGUCAAUGUGGAUUAUGGACCAUUAUCAUUAAAAGGUAUUUGAAAUGGA